UCCUCCUUGGUGAAGUCCAGGGUCUUCCUGUCAAUGAUUGUCCAGCAGCCAGUUGUGAUUCUGGUGCUCUCGCAAGAGGGAGUGAGAGCACGUCCUUCUACUCCGCCAUCUUGGUUCACCCUCAUGAAACAUUUUUAUCAUGACUGUUUUAAAGUCAUUAUCAGAUCAUCCUGACAACUCUGUCAUCUUAGUACUGGCAUUUGUUAAUUGUUUUUUUUCUUUUUUUUUUCCAUUGUUUGAUAUUUUCUGGUUAUUGGUAUGACAAGUGAAACAUGAACAGUUUCAUAUUAUGCUGUUAUAGUUUAUGCUUUAUUUAAACUUUCUGUUUGAAUUGGCUUUCUCUGACAGUCUUCCAACAAGGGCAGGGGGGCACUGCUGCCUCAUUACUGUCAGGUGGAAGUACAAGUCCAGGGUCCCCACGGGGCCUCCACUGACACUGAGGUGGGGUUAUUUUCAUUUCUUCUUGUUGUUGGUGAGAGUCCUACUCUUGUCUGAGCCUCCCCUAACACAGCCUAACCAUAGGCAGGGGAGAGUGUCUCUCCCUGCAGGAGAUUGGAAGUUAGGUCUCUCCACAUGGUCUUCACUAACACCACAGUGGGAGCCACUUGUUACUACCCAACAGAGAUACAAGUUCUGGCUCCCUUCUCUGACAGCUCCCACAGGGGUAUUGGGGAGCCUUGUUAUGGCCUCGUGAAGGCUAGAGUCUGGGUCCCCCUCUCAGCCUUUGCUAGUGUGGAGGGGACAGGCCCAGGUUUUUCUGUGGUUUGGCUGCAGUAGAGACCUUUGCUGGGCUGCCCCCUUUCCUGUCCCUUUGGCUACAGAGAGCAGACUUUUGUCAGAGCUUUUCUGUCUCGCCUGUUGGCAUUUCCAGUUUGCCAGCUGCAUCAGUUCCAAGUUAGGAAAUUCCAGGAACUUGUUUCAUGUCAUUUCUCAGAUCCCUCGCUGGUCUGCCUUUUCUCUCCAUUUUUCAGCAUCAUCUUAUGUUUGUCUUAUACAUGAUGUCCAGGAUUUUUGGUUAUACCCAGUGAGAAAAAUAGGGAAAAUAUGUCUAUUUUCUCAGAAGCAGAAGUGUUGCAUGUACUUUUAAAUAAUACACUUAAUUUAAGAAAUAUAUCCUGCCCCCCAUUAACUCAAUUUAGGAGAUCUUACUGAAGAUUAAUCUGCAUGACUCAGAGUUCUCCCCUGGGUUAUGUGGAGUCAGUAACCCAGUAUUCCUUUUGAUGGCAAAGUAAUGGCAGAGUGGUGGCCAGUCAAAUCAGAGAUGCCACUGAUGGUGAGAUGCACCAAUAUUUCAUUUAUUUUUCAGAAAGAGAAAAGUACUUUGAAUAAACUAAUAUGCCAUCUGUAUAGUAAGAUGCAUGCUGAUUUCUCAGAGGUCAAAAUAUGGCAAGAGUUUGCUUCGUGGAACAGAAUCAGUAUGGUAGUUAUGUGGAAAGGUUUGCAGAGUGAAGUGCAAACGAUAAUAUAUUAAUGUUCAAACAUGUUUUAUUUAUUUGCCAUGUUCAGUUUAACAAGUGGAUGUUGGUCAGCUUACAAAAGCAAGCAUUCCUUUUCUGAGAAUGUUGACAAGACCCUUUAAACCCCAAUUUGGUGGGUCUUUCUUCCUUGCAGAGAUAAAGCUGCCUGCUUUGCUAUUCAGAAGGGAUUACAGGCAUCACGUAGUGACAUUAAGCUAUUUAACCAUAAUGAUAUGGAUGACCUGCAGCGACUAUUGAAAGAACAAGAGAUUGAAGAUCAAAAGAAUCCUCGCAAGGCUCGUGUAACUCGACGUUUCAUUGUAGUCGAGGGGUUAUAUAUGAAUACUGGAACUAUUUGCCCUCUUCCAGAAUUGGUUAAGUUAAAAUACAGAUAUAAAGCAAGGAUCUUUCUGGAGGAAAGCCUUUCGUUUGGAGUCCUGGGGGAGCAUGGCCGAGGAGUCACUGAACAUUUUGGAAUCGAUAUUGAUGAUAUUGAUCUUAUCAGUGCCAACAUGGAGAAUUCACUUGCUUCUAUUGGGGGUUUCUGCUGUGGCAGGUCUUUCGUAAUUGACCAUCAGCGACUUUCCGGCCAGGGAUACUGCUUUUCAGCUUCAUUACCUCCCCUCUUAGCUGCUGCUGCAAUUGAGGCCCUCAACAUCAUGGAAGAAAAUCCAGGUAUUUUUGCAGUGUUGAAGGAAAAGUGCAAACGAAUUCAUAAAGCUUUACAAGGGUGAGUUUUAUAUAUUUUCAACCAACUCAAAAGUUUAUCUGCACAACAUUUAAACAACUUGUGAAAAAUUUUGAGUGUCACCUCUUUGGUUUUCAGUGCAUUUAAUAGGCUUGAGUCAGUGUGUCUAAAUUGCAACUAAGAAACCAAAAACACAGUUCAUUCAAAUUUGUCUCUGUGUGUGAAGCCAGAGCAUCCAUUUUGUCAUUGUUUUAAAAAAUCAUAACUUUGUUUUUCUAAAAAUGAUACAAGCUCAUUGGUAAAAUAUUACAGUAGUACAGAAGAUAACAAAGAUGAAAAGAAAUAACAACAUGCUGCCACCAGAAAUAACCAGCAUAAACACUGGAGAAUUCCCACACAUCUGUACGGGUAAAAGGAUGUAAUUAGAUGACAGUGGGUUCAUACUGUCCAUGCUGCUUUGUAGAAGAUUACUCAUUUUUUUAAGUUACUUCAAGAAAAAGAAACAAGUGAAAUCAAAGUGAACCUUACGAGUGUUCUGUCUACUUUUGUCUUAACUACACAAGAGUAGUUCUUUAAGAUUCCUCUAGAAUUGAGAAAAACAUUGAGGCUAGUGACAUCUUCAGGCAGAUUUCUUAUCUUACAGAAAAUGAUCUCACCUUGCCUGUGGUUUCUUUUUGCCUUUCCAAGUUGAAACCUGCCUUCUCAGUCGUGGAAGUCCUAUCCCUAUUGCCAGAUAUGGAAACUAGAAACUUUUCUAAAAAGGACAGUUAAUAAAUAAGCGGGUCACAGAUGUUCCAGAUAAAGUAGGGGGAGAAAUAAUUGAAGUCUGGGUCUGACUUAUGAUCCUAACAAAAGUUCUUGCAUGAUUUGUGGUAGAGAGAUAUUAUUGUUUCCAGUUACAUUAGCUUAUGAAAUCUUAAUAAACCAGCUCAGCCUAGCACAUUGGAGUCACUGUCAAUUCAUGAACACCUACCUCAGGUGCCCUUUAUUCUAUGAGUGUUAAUGUGUUUAUUUUUUAAGUCCAGUCCUCUACUUUUCCCAGCUCUCUCUCACUUUUUCUUCUCUCCAAAAUCCCUAACCAUCUGUCUCACUCCACCCGCUUUUAGCUGACAGCCUUGCCUCAUGCUGUCACUUGGGAACUCCCUCAUUUUCCCUCACAAACCUGUACACCUGCGGGUAUCCGAACCAGUCUUCCCUCGUGUUAUAGCCAAAGAAACGUUCCUCCAUCCAUCACAGCUCUCCUUUCUUAAGGACCGAGUGCCUUUGGUUGUCUCCUCUCCUUUCUCUUCAGUCUCUCCCCUUUCCUGAGUCAUUUGAUUAGCAUUCAAGUACACUCUGCCCUAUCUUGUCUUAAAUUCUUCUUUCCCGUGACCCCAUACUCCCCUCUAGCAACUAGCCCAUUGCUCUGCUUCUCUUUGUAGCCAGUCUUUUUCCAGAGUUGUUUAUGCCCUCUCCACAUCCUCACCUCUCAUGUACACUUGAAACUACUGAAACCCACCUCUACUCCUGCACCCUACCCAGUGUUCCUGUGACUACCGAGGGAUGACUGUAUUUUCUGAUGUUAAAACAUCCUUGCUUUCCUGAGUAAACCCCUCCUUGAUUACAGUAUAUUUUUCUGCACUGUUAGUUAGGAUUUUGAAUUUUUAUAUCCAUAUUUAUAAUUUAAAUGAGCCUAUAAUCUUUUGUUACAACAACCUAAUAUAACCUAGGAAUCAAUGUUGUGGUAGCCUCAAUAAAGUAUUGAGCAAUUUUUCCACUUCCCUGCAUUAUGAAGCCAUUGUAUAAGACCAGGCUUGAUUAUUUGUUUCUUCAAAGUUGAGCAGGACUCCUCUGUAAGACUCUCUAGACUUGGGGCCUUUGGGCUGGGUGUAGUCUGUGAUUCUCUCUCUUGUGUCUGUAUUAUUUCCCCUUUUUAUUUUCUGUUUCUGUCGUUUUCAUUCUUAUGAUAAUCUUUCCAGGAUUUUGCCCAGCACGUUUUUUUAAGUUUGAUUUUGUUUGUUACUCAUAUUUUGUUUUCUUUGAUUGAUUUUUUUCCCUUAUUUUUCUGCUUUCUUGUUUCAUUGAAUUGUGUUUUUUUACUCUUUUUUAGCUUUUUACAUUUAGGUUAUUGGUGUUAUUAUUUUCCAAUAAAUAGCUUAAAGAUAAACAUUUCAAAGGCAGUAAGUAUUUUCAGUGUUCAGUUCUAAGUAAUUUUUUUUAGUCUCCUCUAAUCAGUGAUUUGCUUCUCUCAUCUCUGAGGUUGCAUUUGGGAGAGGAAGUCAGCGGCCUAUGCUACUUUGGGUCCUUGCUGGAAUCUUGAAGAGCCCCUAAAUUAUAACAGAUAAUUAUUCAUGUCCAGCACUUUCCCCACACUAAGCACGUGAUGGAGACCACGUCUGAAUUGUUGAUUGUUCUAUCCCUAGGACCUAGACCAGUGUUUAGUAUUUCCAUUUGGUAAAAUGGGUAAAGUAAUAUGGUAAAUAAUGUGCUCUCCAGAAGAGUUUUUUUAAGUAUAACAGGCUCUGAAACACAGCUUCUAACUUUCUGAACUCAAGUUAUAAUUCUCUGUCCGUUUGGUUUUAGUUAAACUUUAAUGCGACAUUCAGCAUCCAGGCAGCCAGAAAGAGAGCAUUUUGUUUCAUUCCUUCUCUCACCAACUUGCUCCACCUAACAUGUGAGAUGAGCCCAUUUGAUCGAAUAGUCUUGGAGGGUACACGGCAAGCUCCAGGGCCAC